CCUGCCCGGAAGCUGCCCCUCCGCUCCCGCCCCUGCGCAGCGUUGGUGUGGGGCUGUCUGGUCUCCCGGGCCGGACGCGCGGUGCACGCUGGUCUCUCGGCGGUCGGAGCGGAGUCGGUGGCCAUGGGGAGCGAUUUCUACCUGCGCUAUUACGUGGGGCACAAGGGGAAAUUCGGCCACGAGUUCCUGGAGUUCGAGUUCCGGCCGGACGGAAAACUGAGAUAUGCGAACAACAGCAAUUACAAAAAUGAUGUAAUGAUCCGAAAAGAGGCCUAUGUACACAAGAGUGUGAUGGAGGAACUGAAGAGAAUAAUUGAUGACAGUGAAAUCACAAAAGAAGAUGAUGCCUUAUGGCCUCCACCUGACAGAGUUGGUCGGCAGGAGCUUGAAAUUGUAAUCGGUGAUGAACACAUCUCUUUUACCACAUCAAAAAUCGGAUCGCUUAUUGACGUAAAUCAAUCCAAGGAUCCAGAAGGGUUACGAGUGUUUUACUAUCUGGUGCAGGACCUUAAGUGUCUAGUCUUCAGUCUCAUUGGAUUACAUUUCAAGAUUAAGCCAAUUUAAAUUGUAUAAUUUUGAAUUUGUAUUGUAACAUUGCAAGGGGUGGGAUACUUUCAUUCGUUAUCUCUUCUUGGAUAGAACUUUUAUGUAUGUUUAGGAUUUUUUUUUACAAACUGUAAGUGAAUGUCUUUAAUAAAAAUGGUGAAACCUG